CCCCAAAAAAGAAUUUACAGUAGUCCUCCCCUAUUUUCUGUCUCAGGCCCGAUAUUAAUUAAGCCUGGAAAGGAGCCUUAAAAAAUCACAAUAAUCUCCUUUUGGCAAAGAGAGAACGGAGAUCUGGAGAGUAAGGACUUGCCCAAGGUCACUGGCUUAGUUAGAAGUAGAUUAGAUACUGGAACUCAGGUCUCCACUCCAGGUGAGUAGGCAUUCUUAACAUUUUCUAACCUGUGCACCUGAAAACUAAAUUCCUUAGGUGUAAAACGCCUUUUUAAAAAUUGUUGUUCAUGUUUGAGGCUGGAGAGUUUUUCUAAGUGCCCGGGUUUUGGUUUUCUUUAAACUAGGAGUCAGAAAGCCACAAACUGUAAAAAUAUACAUUUCAGCUAUCCAAACUAUAAAAAUAAACAUUUUCCCUGUGCUUGAUAGAGCUCGCACAGGCUGCACAAGUUUCUAACAACAAAACUCUAAAGGUACUAAAUAGUAAUGGUAUUGUAUUUUUCUGAAAUGUUGCCAAGCGGAAGGGAAACGGCCCCUUUCCCACCCCCAAAUUGCUGCUAGGCAGGGGGAUUUCAACAUGAGGUUUCUUUCUCCCUCUGUGCUCUCUGUACUGUGCUUGGUUUUCAUAAACAACCCUGACCAUUUUGGCUUCAUGAGUGAUUAAUGAUGCAUCUUCUCGUUGAAUUUGAGAUUGUUCACUAGCCCUCUCUACAUUAGCAAAAAAAAAAAGUAGCAGCCUUAAUGGCAUCUUUUUGUUUUGUUUCCUUAUUAUAUUUGAGCUAUGAACGCAGCAUCCUUGGUUCUUGGGGUUGUGUAGGAGUUGGCAGGCUCUAAGAUAUAAAUAGAAGCUGAUUUCAGAGGCCCCUGUUGACUAGGCUUUAUGUGAGAGCCUCCAUCCAGCUCAGCCUGUCACAUUGCAGCCUUGUGACAGGCUGAAGCUGCCGCCCAUGUGAUCUAAGCUUCUGAGAAAUAUUAAGGCAGGCUUUGCACAUGUGAUGGCGUUUAAAGGCUGGCUUUCUAGGGGGGAAAAGUCUACAAGAUGGGAAGCAACGUGGAAGACUAAUGUCCUGGUGUCUUUUGUGUCUCAGUUGUAGGCUAUUUAUAUAUAGUGAAUUGAACGUAGUUGUUUUCUGAAGAAGGAAAGGUGGAAUUCUUUGCAAAUUGAAGUGGGUAAAAUUACUGAGAACCCUUCCCCCCCCCCCUUUUUUUUUGAUUUACAAGAAAAGAUUUUUAAAGAAUUGGAUUAGCCAAGGUUGAUGCUUAAAUUUAAGGUAGGUGCUUAAAUUUAGGCCUGUUUGCUAUUCUAAAGCCCUGUCAGAUGUCACUGGAAGUUAGUAUAGAAACUGAGUUAGCAUAAUUCUUAAGCUGGCUUCAAGGAAUGAACUUUUUGCGUAGGGCAGAUUGAUUCAAACAUAUUACGUGGGGGGUGUGAAAUAAGGACAUUUUUUUAUUUGAAGCAUUUUUGCACAUGUUAAAAUUUUUUUAGGCCCAGCUGAAAAUGUUUAUUAAUAAACUUAAGUGUUGUUGAAAUGUUUACACUACCCUGCUCCGAAAUGAGUCAGCUAAAUUCCACUUACUAUUUAAAGAGACCAUGUCAACUAAAUUAGUAGUAUUGUUUGAAGUAAGUUGUGGUGCUCGGACACCAUACAAGCUUGGUUGGCCUGAAAUAUUUUCAAGCCUCGGAUAUUUCUUUUUGCUAACAAAGGAAAGAUUGCUGUCAUUUAUUUACCUGUGGGGGAGAUGCUGGCAAGAUUCUGGCCAGGUCGAAUUUGGUUAGUCCUCUUCCUCCCCUCCCCCUUUCUGUAAUUUUGGUGAAAAGUAUUAAAUACUUGUUAAAACAUUGUUUUUAGUAAUUCAAUAAAGAGUGUAUUCUAGUGUGUGAUAGUUGGAAAAAGCCAUAUGAAAUUCUAGACCAGCUCUAGCAUGAAGUACUUUCCUGCACUUAAUUUGAAAUGUUCAUAACUUAACAAACAAGUAUCUUAACUUCCAAUAUCAGUAUUAAGACACAUCUGAGGGACCGUAGCCACAAGUUAUAGCACACAGUCUCUUUAAUAAAAUGUUCUCAAAUAUGCUUUUUGUACAUACAUACAUAUUUUAAGGUGACAUGGAAACUUUCCAGUUUAAAUUUUUCUUGAUGUGUAUUUUCCCUUAACUCAGAAAAAUUUACUAAAUUUAGUAUAACGUUAUUAUAUCUGUUCUAAUUUUAACAAGGCUUCUGGAAAAGCAAGGUAGGCUUGCUGUAUGAAGUUCUUUCUGGUAACUUAGCAUUAAAUAUUAAUCAUUACUGAAGCUUGUGUGUUCAUAUUGCUUUACUUUGCCAUAUUGAAAUUGAGCUUUCAAAGGUUUCAUUUUCUGAUGUAAGGAAGGGAGGGAAGCACUUGUGAAAAGUUUUAAUAGAGCCUUUGGCUGGAAAAAUCUAUAGCUGAUACUUUGUGCACUUGCAGGUUACUAGGCACUAACAGUAAAUGUAUUCAAACCCAGAUUUCACAACUAAAAUGCAGAACUCAAAAGGAAUUUCAUGAGCAGUGACCCCUAAAUUCUUAGAGCUUCACUUGUUAGUGCCAAGGUAGCAGGAAAGACUAGGUGAUCUGUCAGCUCUCUUCAGUGUUCUGUAAGGGUAUUAAAACAUUUUUUAAAGUACAGUUGUUCUGCCCCAUAGCCGAAUUGUUGAAUAACUAGUGAGGCCAAGUAUCUUAUACGAUAUUAUAAGCUACAUGGAGUAUACCGUCAGCCUAAAGAACCACUAGUACAUAUCAGGAGUUGGUAAUUAAUUGUGAUUAUUGUAGAUUUUUUCCCAUUGGCAAGUUCCAUUUUAUGUUUUUAGCCAGAGGAGUAAAAAUUUCGUUCGAUAUGAUCUGCUUGUAGUGCAGCAAAUCAGUAAUUGACUUUAAGAUGACAAUUGUCCAAACUGAUUUAAAUGUAAACCUGAUAUCUGGCAGAGUGACCUUUUCAGAAACUGAAACAAAGAUCAUAGUGAUAGGUGAAGUAAUACAUUUUAAUAUUUAAUGAUAGAAAUUUUUUUGUCCUAAAGUAAUGCCCUUUGUUUUUUAAAGACUACAAAAUAUUCAUAGUUUUCUUGGCCUAUUCUUUUUAAUGAUUAACAUAAUUUGGGCCUUUGUUAGAAACAGACUUGGUGUUUAGAAAUAACAAAGGUAUGCUGGUGGUUAUGCUCAUUUAAUUUUAUUUGGUAACAUGCUAAUUUCUAAAAUUUUGUUUUUGUUUUGUUUAUAGCAGAAAAAUAUGGCUCAGGAGACUAACCAGACCCCAGGGCCUAUGCUGUGUAGUACAGGAUGUGGCUUUUAUGGGAAUCCUAGGACAAAUGGAAUGUGUUCCGUUUGCUACAAAGAACAUCUUCAGAGGCAGCAGAAUAGUGGCAGAAUGAGCCCAAUGGGAACAGCUAGUGGUUCCAGCAGUCCUACCUCAGAUUCUGCAUCUGUACAGAGAGCAGACACUAGUCUCAACAACUGUGAAGGUGCUGCUGGCAGCACAUCUGAAAAAUCCAGAAAUGUGCCUGUGGCUGCCUUGCCUGUAACUCAGCAAAUGACAGAAAUGAGCAUUUCGAGAGAGGACAAAAUAACUACCCCGAAAACAGAGGUGUCAGAGCCAGUUGUCACUCAGCCCAGUCCAUCAGUUUCUCAGCCUAGUACUUCUCAAGGUGAAGAGAAAGCUCCUGAGUUGCCCAAACCAAAGAAGAACAGAUGUUUUAUGUGCAGAAAGAAAGUUGGCCUUACAGGGUUUGACUGCCGAUGUGGAAAUUUGUUUUGUGGACUUCACCGUUACUCUGACAAGCACAACUGUCCAUAUGAUUACAAAGCAGAAGCUGCAGCAAAAAUCAGAAAAGAGAAUCCAGUUGUUGUGGCUGAAAAAAUCCAGAGAAUAUAAAUUACUACUUGUGAAGAGACUGAAACUUUGUUUUUAUUUUAAUAUAUCGUAGGAAAACAUUAAAGAGCAGAUGCAUGGCCAUUUUCCUUUGAUGUUCUCCAGAGUUUUACUUUACACUUGUCUGUCUUAUAAUUGAAAUUUUAGGAUGUUUGGGUGUUUGUUACAGGCAGAAAUGGAUAGAUACAGCCCUACAAAAUGUAUAUGCCCUCCCCUGACUAAAACUGGAUGAGACUCUGCACAGACGAUAGGGACAACAUUCCGUUCCCACGUGCCAAACCUAAUACAUGAACUAUCUGCAUGUUUGCAGCAUAUCUGCCUUUUGGGAAUGUAAUCAAGGUAUAAUCUUUGGCUAGUGUUAUGUGCCUGUAUUUUUUUAAAAAAUGGUACACCAGAAAAGGACUGGCAGUCUACUUCUUCCAUAGUCAAACUUCACCCUGUUAAUUUCCACAACAUGUUCUUUGGAAGCAGGAGGAAAGCUCUAAAGAGGAGCAGACCUUUCCGUGAAACCAGUAUUUGGUGCCAUAUAUAAGCCUGGCUAACUGGUCUUCUAAAAGCUGUCCAGUAAGACACUCUGGGAAAGGUAAACAUCGCACCUGGUUACGGGGAGUAAAGUCGUCAAGCCACCAGGGGCUCGAGCUCUCGUUGAAGCUCACUGUGCUGGCCUGCACCCGAAGAUGUCUGCAUUAUCUCGUUGCUCAAAACGCUGUGUAGCACAGAACUGCACUAGGAUUCAUUUGUUACGAGGAGAAAUUAAAACUACAUUUGGUUUUUACAUGCAGCAGCUCUAUUGAGUAACAUGCAUCUGAAUUUUAAGUUGCAAAGGUAUCCGAACAGUUCAUUUUUCAUGUGCAUCUUUUGUUGAAUGUUUUGGUUCAAGAAAGAAUGUUUAAAGCUUUUUUAAAGACUUCCGUUCUUACUGUAACUGUACCUUCUGCAUGGAAAAUCAUAAGCAACAUGGCUGCAGUAGACUUCUUAGUGGUAUCCAGCACCACUCGCGGAGGGCUGCGUGAUCAUAUUAAUUGUACUUGGGUGUAGGACUCUAGUGUUCUUGGGUGUAUUGCAUGGGCUGCAUUAUCUACAGCAUUGUACAAUAACAACUAGAAGAGGCAGUAUACUUCACUGAUGCUUGUCUGGUAAUAUCACUUCUGUGUUAUAAUGGAAGGUUUUUGUGAUGUAUGAAACUUGUGUUUUUUAUAUAUAAAUGAGUAUAGUUAGAUUAGUAUUGUGGUAAUGCCUGUUUUCAUCUGUAAAUAGUUAAGUAUGUACACGAGGCACUACUUCUGAUUUACUGCAGUGUUCAGUCCUAGUUUUUACUUUAAUUAAAGCAUUCAGUUUUGCUUUCGAUUUUAUGUACCUUAGUUCUGAGUUAGAUCUGCAGAUGUGUACAGAUAGUUCAUAUUUAUGUAUUGCACAUAAUCAUGCUAUUCAGCAUUGAUGCUAUAUUGUAUUAUGUAAAUAAUAAAAGCCAUGUACAGAGGGAAA